AUGAAGGUUCGUGCGAUUGCCUUAUUUUACAAUGUGCUGUUCUGCCUAGGUGUCUGCGCCUUGGGUGCACCGCAGUGGCCAGGAAUUGGGUCCUCGGGUUACGGCUUUGCACCCUGGGGAGGAUAUGGAAACUACGGUUCAUCAAGUGCCAGCGUCGCAGCCAGCAGCAGCAGCAGCAGCAGCGGCGGCUUUCAGGGCUACGGUACGCAAGGAUAUGGCUAUGGCUGGCCAGGCUAUGGCUACGGGUAUGGCAACUACGGCGGAGGCUACCAGCAGCAGUACAAUCAGUAUCAGUACAGUGGGUACAAUAACUACGGGUCUGGAAAUGGACUUGGCUAUCCGCUUGGCUAUGGCAGAUAA